GAAGAAAAAUGUCUAAGCACAGCAAGACCUCAGAUGAAGAAGAACUCUUUGAUGAGGAGAUUAAUGAGGAUGAACUCUUGGCCAACUUGUCCCCUGAGGAACUUAAAGAACUGCAAUCUGAAAUGGAAGUCAUGGCCCCUGAUCCCAGGCUUCCCGUGGGAAUGAUUCAGAAAGAUCAAACUGACAAGCCACCGACAGGAAACUUCGACCAUAAAUCUCUUGUUGAUUAUAUGUAUUGGCAAAAGGCAUCCAGACGCAUGCUGGAAGAGGAACGUGUUCCUGUUAGCUUUGUGCCAUCCAAGGAAAACACUCAAGAGCCACAUGAAAAAAUAGACAAAGGUAAUAAAAACAUAGCUGCUUUUUUAAAAGAAAAGCUCAAUAGUGAAAUAGCUGCAUAUAAAGAAGAAUCAAAGGGUUACAACAAUGUCCAAGAAGCAGACAAUGAUGAGGAAGGUGAAGAUGAGGAAGAAGAAGAUGAUGAAGAUGAGGAAGAUGAAGAUGAUGGAGAAGAGAGUGAUGAAAAAACAAAAGAAGAGGAAGGGAAAGCAAAGGAGCAAAUCAGAAAUGGUGAGAACAGUUGCCAACAGAUAACGAAUAAAGCCACUGAAGAACAGAAAGACAGACCAGAAGCCCAAGAAAAAAGUGAGAAAAAAAUAUCAAAAUUAGAUCCUAAGAAGUUAGCUCUAGAUACCAGUUUUUUGAAGGUAAGUGCAAGACCUUCAGGAAACCAAACAGACCUGGAUGGAAGCUUGAGGCGAGUCAGGCAAAAUGAUCCCAACAUGACGGAACUCAACCUAAACAACAUUGAAAACAUCCCCAAAGAAAUGCUACUGGACUUUGUCAAUGCAAUGAAGAAAAACAAGCACAUCAAAACCUUCAGUUUAGCAAAUGUAGGUGCAGAUGAGAAUACAGCUUUUGCCUUGGCCAACAUGUUGCGUGAAAAUAGGAGUAUUACCACCCUCAACAUCGAGUCCAAUUUCAUCACCGGUAAAGGAAUUGUGGCCAUCAUGAGGUGCCUCCAGUUUAAUGAGACACUAACUGAACUUCGUUUUCACAACCAGAGGCACAUGUUGGGCCACCAAGCUGAAAUGGAGAUAUCCAGGCUUCUGAAGGCCAACAACACUCUGCUGAAGAUGGGCUACCAUUUUGAGCUCCCAGGUCCCCGAAUGGUGGUAACCAAUCUGCUCACCAGGAAUCAGGAUAAACAAAGGCAGAAAAGACAAGAAGAACAAAAACAGCAACAACUCAAAGAACAGAGGAAGCUAAUAGCCAUGCUGGAGAACGGGUUGGGGCUGCCGCCUGGGAUGUGGGAGAUGCUGGGAGGGCCCAUGCCGGAUUCCAGGACACAGGAUUUCCCCCAGCCUCCCUCUCGGCCCCCCAACCCCCAAGCGGUCCCCUGCGGGCGCCGAAAUGAAGUGACAAGAAAGGCGACUCAGCCUCCGCAGUACAGGACGGACCCUGACUCCUUCCGGAUAGUGAAGCUGAAGAGAAUCCGGCGCAAAUCUCGGAUGCCAGAGGCUAGAGAACCACCUGAGAAAACCAACCUCAAAGAUGUGAUCAGAACACUCAAACCAGUGCCGAGAAACAGGCCGCCCCCCUUGGUGGAAAUCACUCCCAGAGAUCAGCUCCUGAAUGACAUUCGUCGCAGCAACGUUGCCUACCUUAAACCUGUAAGUAGAAGGAGGGAGAAAUGGUGA